AUGGCGACCGCGAUAUCCAAAACCACCUCCCAUCCCCCUAAGAUGAAGCGGCCGCCCCCGCCUUUUGUUCAGACCGGAGUCAACGGCACCAGGCCGCAGCCCUCGUCAUCCUCCCCUCCUACUACGUCGAAGCGUCUUCCUGGAGCCGGACAGUCGGCAGCGACAAGCUCCACGAGCCAUCCGGUCCCGAACGGCGUCAAUGGCAUCGGCAAUUCGAGUAACACUCCUACCAAGGGGCCCCUGGGCCGGCCCAGGAAAGACGCGCAAAGGCCAGGCGAACAAGGCGUGAAGGUGCAAAGGCAAACGCCAAAGACCCCGUCUUUGGAGAGUGAUCGCCGGCUAGGGAAGGUGUUUCCUGAGCCGCAUGUUAAAACAACGCCCUAUAUCCUGAAGAAGUUUGCGAAAUCCCCUCCGUCAUUGAUCCUACAUCUACAUCCAACACAUUUCCGCUUCGAACAGCAGGAUGGAAGCUUCCCGUAUAACUCGGAAAUGAAGGUCAUCAUUGAACAUAUCCGUGCGGGUACUGUUCCCCAUGAUAUGAUGGAGGAACUGUUACGCGCCAAUGUUCGCUUCUAUGAAGGCUGCCUCAUUGUACGCGUGAUUGAUCAUAAAUCCGUAUCCGCGCAAGCCAGGAAAUCCACCGCACCAUCCUCGAAUGACAACAACACACCAUUUUCAAUCCAUAACUAUAAUGAGCACAUUACUCCGUCUGCAUAUGUCCCCUACCCGAAACAGAAUCAAUUGGUGUCGGAGAAAUCGACCGGGAAUGAAACGACGACGGAACAGUCAGACUCGAAGGAUAACGUUGACGGGGUGUCCCAGGACAACUCACAAGAAGCCGGAUCAGCCUCGCUCAAGCAAGCACCCCCUAAACCCCGUGUCUUCACAACUGUCCUUCACCCAACUACUCGCUCAUUACAAGCGGAGUUGACCCUGCUUGCGACCACACCGGAUCCAAAAGCUGCGAAACAAGCUGCACCCGUUUCCGCGCGCCCCCAACCGCCUCCCGGAACUGUUCCUCCGUCUCCAGGUGCAUCAGCUCAGCCUGAAGGGGGUCCUGUUGCAAAACGGCAGAAAAUGCUCAUCGAACCACAUGAGCUUUUGGAAUGCGAAUCCAAAUUGACCAGGGCUCUUGCGCCGCCAUUGUUUUUGGAGCCAGUUAGCAGCUUGGAAGAUGUACACAUCCUUUUGAAAUACAUGGAGAGUCCGCUUCAUCGCGAUCCUCCACCUUCACCUAAGAGGAGGAAGCGCACGAUCGCCGAAUUGGCAGCUGACGAAGCACUGGCGGCUGAGGAAGAGAGGUUCAUGCUCAUCAUGGAUGAACGGCUGGAACCUACUACCUCGGGUGCCGCAGGUGGGCCGAAGUCCGCAGCUGUGGAUGACACUGGUGGUGCUGUUCCUUUUGAACCUCGCUUUUCUCGAUUUAAGACUCUUGAGAAUAUUAGGAUUCAACACGAAGAGAAAAAUAGACGUGAGAAUGAGACGAAGAUGAAGCAGGAAAUGGUAAAAAGACAACAACAAGAGCAAGAAAGAGAAAGGCGUCGGAUCACGGAGCAGCGCCAGGCGGAGGAGCAGGCCAAAGAAGAGAACAGGAGACAACAGCUCGCCGCACAGCAGGCUCAGGCACAGCUUGCAGCCCAGCAGCAAAACCGGCAACUCAUGGCGCAGGCUAACGGUGUCAGCCAACCAACCCAAUCCUCGCCAGUGGUGCGUAAUCAGACACCUCUCAAUACCUCAUCACCACUUGUUGGCAAUGCGAUGGCCACUCAAGGUAGUGUACCUAUGGCAAUGACGUCUUCUAUGCAGGGCGCCGGUAGCCCACAGAGACCUCCCUCUGCUUUGCAGCACGCUCAUCCCAACAUGAUGAGCCACCCCAUGGUGCCAUCUAGGAGUCAACAAGGGCAAAGCAGGCAUGGCACUCCGCAGAUGACCCAAGGAACACCGGCAAUGUCCCAAGCUACCCCGAUCAUGCGCAAUGUCACGCCCACCCAGCGUAUGAGUCAUGCUAGUCCGCCGCGGUCUUCGAUGGCCCCAACGCCUGUGAUGAAUCAGGCUGUGAUGGCAACUCCGCAGAUGGGAAAUCAAGUGCCCCUCAACGCACAACAGCAGCAGCAACUCAUGUUACAAAGACAACAACUACUCGCUCAACAAGGGCAGCAUCUGAACCACAGUCAGCUCACGCCGCAGCAGUUCGCUCAGUUGCAGGCAAAUAUGCUUGCGCAGAACAACAUUCAGAACCAUCAACAGCAGCAGAUGAUGCAACAGCAGCAGCAAAACCCCCAGGCCGCGCAGCAGAAGUUUGCCAACCCCCAGGCAUACCAGGCUCAGAUGAUGCGCGCACAACUCAUGCAGAUGCAAAUAGCCCAACAACAGCAGCAACAAAGGCAGCAGCAAUCGCAACAGCAGCAACAACCGCAACAGCAAGGCCAACAGCAGCCACAGCUCCAGCAAGGGCAGAUGCUUCAAAACAGCCCGCAGUUGAACGCUCAGCAGCAGCAGAUACUGAUGGCAGCGGCUCAAGCCAACGGCGGCCACAUGCCGCAAAACAUGCAGGGUGUGAACAUGCCGCCGCGAGUGAAUGCAUCGCAAGCGCGAUACGGUCAGAUCUAUCAGCAGCGGCUUUUGCGACUACGGCAAGAGAUGGCUACCCGCCUGAUGCCGCAAUACGGGCCUCCUACGCAGUACCCGCCACAAGUGGCGCAGGAGUACAGUGUUGGCCUCGAGAACGCUGCCAAAGGCUUCGUGCAAGAUAUGAUCCGGCGAGAGCGUGUUGAGCUCACUGCUAUGCAACAGCGACAACAAGCCCAGGCGGUUGCUCACGCCCAGGCACUGCAACAACAGCAACAUAACAUGAUGCAGAAUGGAAUGGGCAAGUAG